UGAUACGUGCAGUCGUGACGUCAUACUCUCGUGAGAUGAGACUUGUGAGGUCGGGGUUUGCUGCCCGGCAGGAGCCAAGUAGCUGGAUAUUAACGUCGUUGCGGGACGUUUAAGAAGCGAUUCUGGACUGCGGAUUGUGUAAAGAACAUCUGGACUGUUGGGCGGCAUUUCUUUGUCACUAGAAUGACCUGGCCUGGAAUAUAUCCAUGAGAGAAUUUUCUAUGUGCCGUUAUCAACUUUUGGCUGUAAAGUGAAUUCAGGUGCAAGCUAUAGGAAGUGGGAGAUUGUGCACUUACUGCAGGUCUAAAUCAGGAUUUCAAAAAAUGUAAAGUCCAAAUGAACAGUUGUGGUCUCCUAAAAAGAGACCAUUUCAUUGGGAGACAUACAGGGAGCUGAAUACAGAACCCAGGGGUACCCCCACACUAAAGGUGAUGGUUAUAAAACCUAAAUGACGCCUUACAUACAAAGAAAAGAAGGUGCAAUUAAUGGCAAUGUGCAACGACUAAUCUACUGGAAGAGUCCAAAAGAAACAGAAUCUGCUUGUUUGCCACAAUGAAGAAAAUCAGUCUAAAAACAUUUCGAAAGUCUUUUAAUUUGAAUAAAGGCAAAGAAGAAAAUGACUUUGUAAUGGUACAACAGCCAUCAAUGACAAAUAAUUUUGGGAAAGAUGACUCAUUGUUUGGUAGCUGUUAUGGUAGAGAUUUAACAGGAUGUGAAAUGAGUAGUGAGGAUGAAAAAAAUGGGAAGAAUAGGCCAAAAAGUGAAAGCUUAAUGGGUACGUUAAAAAGGCGUCUUUCUGCUAAGCAGAAACAAAAAGGAAAGAGCAGUACAUCUGGAAACUCUGCAGAGGAAGAUACAUUUUCAUCAUCUUCUGCCCCUAUAACUUUUAAAGAUGUCAGAGUGCAGAGGCCUUUACGAUCAACAUCCCUCCGUACACACCAUUAUAGUCCAACUCCUUGGCCUCUGCGGCCAACCAAUUCUGAAGAGACUUGCAUAAAAAUGGAGGUUAAAGUAAAGGCAUUGGUUCACUCAACCAGUCCAAGCCCAGUACUGAAUGGGGUUCGAAAGGACUUUCAUGAGUUGCAGUCAGAAAAUGUUUUUCAGGAACAAAGCAAUGCAUUGAAAAGUACAGAGUCGCAAAAUGGAGACUUGCAUCUACAUAUUAAUGAACAUGUGCCUGUAGUUCUAGGGCUUAUGCCUCAGGACUACAUACAGUAUACUGUGCCUUUAGAUGAGGGAAUGUAUCCUUUGGAAGGAUCACGUGCUUUCUGUUUAGACCGCUCUUCACCUAUGGAAAUAUCAACUAUACCUUCUCAAAUUGGAAAUAAUUUUCAUGAAGAGGAAAAUCAAUUGACACCAGAUGUAGUAGUGGCGCCGGACAUUUUUGUGGACCAGGCUGUUAAUGUUCUGUUGCAUACAACCAAUGGAGUCCUAUUUCAAAACUCCAGGGUUAAUCACAAUGAUGUCCCUCCACUUUCACCAUUACUACCUCCUGUCCAGAAUAGUCAGAUCCCAAGGAACUUUGCAGGAAUUAAUAGCACAGAUGGAAACAUUGUUGAAAAUAUGCGUUGUCAUUUGAAUUUUGACCCUAGUACUGCUCCAGGUGUUGCCCGUGUUUACGAUUCAGUGCAAAAUAGUGGACCUAUGGUUGUUACAAGCCUGACGGAAGAACUUAAAAAACUUGCCAGACAAGGUUGGUACUGGGGACCUAUAACUCGCUGGGAAGCAGAAGAAAAACUUGCUAAUGUGCUGGAUGGUUCUUUUCUGGUUCGAGACAGUUCUGAUGACCGUUACCUCUUAAGCUUAAGUUUUCGCUCUCAUAGCAAAACACUUCAUACUAGAAUUGAACACUCAAAUGGUAGAUUUAGUUUUUAUGAACAGCCAGAUGUUGAAGGACACACUUCAAUAGUGGAGCUAAUUGAACAUUCCAUCAGAGACUCGGAAAAUGGAGCUUUUUGCUAUUCCAGGUCUCGAGUGCCAGGAUCUGCAACAUAUCCAGUAAGACUGACAAAUCCAGUGUCACGGUUUAUGCAAGUGCGUUCUUUGCAGUAUCUGUGUCGCUUUGUCAUACGUCAGUACACAAGAAUAGACCUGAUUCAAAAACUGCCUUUGCCAAACAAAAUGAAGGAUUAUUUACAGGAAAAGCACUACUGAACUUAAGGAAAAUUUGCAACUUGCACUUUGGGAACAAAGAGAUUUAAAUACAGUUUACAAACUUCCAUCCAUAUCCGAAUAUUUUGCUCCAUGCCAAUAUUUUAGAUUUUUUUUAUAUAAAUAAGACUAAUGCUUAUUUUCUUAAUUUUUUUGUUAUGGUAGUAAAUCUCAGCAAUUGUGUGAAGCCACCAUUUUUUCAGCAUUCAGAAAUAAUCACAAUGUGAAUUAUUAGUUUCUCCUAUUUUUUCAUGUUCUUAGCUGCUAUCCACUGUGACUAUUAUGCAUUGAAAACACACAUUUCAUGUGUUCUUACCACCGCUGACAUUAAAUUAAACAUGUAGAUUUGGAAAUUUGUUACCUGUUUUAUUAUUUUUCUUUUUAUGGCUUAAAUGUAUAGACUUAUAUUUUUGUAGAGCUAAAGUAAAACCUGAUCUUUCCUUAUCUGUCAAGAUGGUUCUAAAAAUAAAACAAAGUGAUGUUCCUUUUGUA